AACCGCACAAGGUAGAAAAGAAAAGAAUUCGUGCUUGCCUUUUAACGAAUUAGUGCGCAAAAACGGUUGGAGAAAAGAAAAAAAUCAACCUCCGUUGAAAAUGGCAGCCAACAGCAGAGAAAGCAGAAGAAGAAAAAUCUUGGAAAGAGGAUCUGAACGCUUAGCUUUCAUCAAGGGCGACCUCCCUUCUCCUUCUCAACCACAAUUUCAUGACGACACCGAAAGAGAAUCUCCUCGGCCCUUGGUUUCCCACCAACCCCAUCUCACAGAUCAAACCACUGAUUUUCCUGAUGUUGAGACUAAGGGUAACAUUGCUCUCCCUGGUUCUAUGUCACUAAAAGAGGAUCCUGUUUUUGAUGCUGGCCAUAUCAGUGCUCACUACAACGGAAGCAGUGAAGAACCGCCCUUGCCUGAACGGGGUACAGACAUUGAAGACUUACGAGAUCAUGCUUCAGAAGUUAAUGGCACAACACAAUCUUCUAUCUUUUCAUCUAAUGAUGAAAGUGCAUCUGUUUCUGUCUCAAAAGAGGAGCAGCAGUUGGAACAACAGAGGUGCCAGUUGAGAUUGUUCAAAACAAGUGAAAUAAGUUGUGCUAUUUCUGCAACAGAACAUAUCCGCCUUUUUUGUUCUGUAGCAGUGGCUCUUUUAGUGGUUUUAUCAUAUGUAGGAUUUCCUAUACUAGGAAGCAACAUCAUAAAGAGCAUCAUAAGCUUUAAGCCUCUUUAUCUAGUCUUGCUGACCAAUCUUACAAUUGUGCUUUCACGACUUCUAUAUGAUAGUCAAGGAGGUUUUCAAACAGCUAUCAGAGGAGAAAAUAAUAUUCCUUCUUCUGAUGGAUAUGAUUGGGCUGAGCAAGCAAGCAAGGCUUUAGAGGUAGGCUUGUUGAUGCAGAAGGUAAUUGAUGCAGUAUUCAUUGAUUGCAGUGUCUAUUCUAUUAUUAUAAUUUGUGGACUGUGCUUUGUUUAGGAUUCAGCCAGCAGAUAUCCUUUUAAUGUGUUUUAAAGUAGACUUAUACUUUUGUUGUAUGAUCUGGCUUUGGUUGCAAAUUGAUGUUUUUGUAAUUGGAUUAUCUUUUUUCUCUA